AUGGCGCCAGGUAGUAAGAAGCAGAAGAAAACGAAGUCGAAAAAAUCUAAAGGCAGCCAGUCUGGACUGGUAAGCGAAAAUUUUUGUGUUUCCUUCUGAGAUGAAUAUAAUUAUGAAAGGUUGAUUUUAUUUUUGUUGAUCUUAGAGUCGUAUCGCCUCUACUCUUGUGCCAAGCGCCAUUUUUGCAGCAGUACCAAGAACAUCAUCCAGUUUAUCGCAAACAUGGCCUCGUCGAUCGCCAUCUCCACUUGAGCAGGCAAUAGGCGAAGCAGGAAACGUCGGUAGGGUUUUAAUUGGUGAUCUUUCGAAACGACCGCGGGCGGAGUUACCUUCAGUUCCAGGAGAAAACGGCGAUGAACGCAGCGCAUCAGCUGAUCGACAGGGCAACGAACACGAUCGUGACGAAAAGGUUAGGGAAGAUUGGGAGGAUGACUAUGAAACCGUUCAUGACAGCAAAAAGUUUGACAAGACUACAAAAUACCACAGGAUGACUAAGGAAGGUACAUUGGCUGUAACUGAGGAGAUGGAAGGAGCAACAGCCGAAAACGGUGGGGAACCAUCGCAACAUUUCUACCAUGUUUUAGAUCAUGACAGCGGUCAGGUCGUUCAGCCAGUAUAUUCGAGAGUUGACAAGAGGAAAAAAAGUGCAGCAAAACAAUCUGUUGAUGGAGACAAAGAAGAGGUACGAGAUGGAGUCGAUCCUGAUGAGUAUUAAAUUUUCUUGCAUGAUACAUUCAAAAUAUAGUAGGUUUUAACAGCAAGCAGCAUAAUGUUUUGAAUUUUUCAUAACUUUGCGAUGACGUCACAUGCCGGUAUAAACCCACUUGCUGCUAUAAUUUUUAUGCUCAAUGCAACAAAUACAGCAAAGGUGGCUCAAAUACUGCACUGAGUUGUCUUGUAACAAAGCACAAACUGAUCAAAGGUUCUUUUGUAGUCAAUGUUAACUAUCUCUAGUUAAUAAAAAUACCACAUUCCAAAAUGCAGUUUUUUAAUUAACUUGCAAAAUGUGCUCAUUUGAAAUUUUCUUGAGGCUUUCAGGUUUUCUUACAGGACAACUAUUUAGUUUUUUAUCACUCCUUUACAUCCUAUUAUCAGUAUUGAUACUCUUUCCUUUGGUACUGACAAGGAGAAAAUUGUUUAACCCUAUAACUCCCACAAGUGAUUUACAUGUAACCUCUCCCUACAGUAUUCAAACAUUAUCCAGCAAACAGGUAAUGAGAAUACUCAGACUUAUCCGGUAGAAUUUUUUACCUUUAUCUAACACCAAAACCUCGUACUAUAUUUACAAGGAAAUGUGUUGUAGUGAGAGGGGAGUAUAAACAAUUAGAUCUUGAGAAUUAGAGGGUAAAGCAAUCAAAGCUCUUUGUUCCUGAUCUUUUCCUUUAUUCUCAUGAUCUUAUUGAAUGAUUCUGCAGUGUUAAUGUAAGGAUAAAUUAGAUACAGGUCACUUGCUGGGUUUAAAAUGUUAAAGUAAAUGCGUGUAUAUGCAUAUAGAUGUUGAGUCUGUAGAAAAUUAGUUUUCCUGUAUUCUUUUUCUCUAACUGAUAGAAAGAAUCACUGAGUGAGGUCAGUUAUAGUAGCGAUGAGCUCACAGAUGUUACCAGUCAUGAUGAAGAGAGCACAACUAGUGGAUCACGAGCAAAACGUUCUCUCGAUUUUGGUGGACGAAGACGCAGUAGGAAAGGCAGCAGAGAGGAAAGUCACGAUGGUCAGGAUAUUGUUGAUGGACCAGGAUCUCACAGCAAAAAAGGGAGCACUAAACGGCAGACCCCUGACACUAUUCAGGAGGUAUCAGAAGAUGCUGGUGAGGAAGGAGAUGGGGCAGCUCCUCCUCCUAUUCCACCUUACUUGGAAGACACAUCCCCAGAGGCUCCUGAACGUCGCCGUAGGAGUAGACAGAGGUCAGCACUGGAUCAGUUGGAUGGUCCAGGUGAGCCCCUUCCUCCCAUUCCUGGGGAUCCACCUGAGAACAGGCUCACGGAUGAACAGAGAAGAGCUCUGAAGGUUGUGGAGAGGUUAGGGUUUGAGGGAGUAUCUCAGAAACUUGCUCUGAGUGAUCUCUCGGAAGAUUCUGAAAGUUAUAUGACACCAGUGGUGCCCAAGAAUACUAUUGACUUCAACGGAAAAACAACAUUUGAGCGAGAGCAGUUUAAUGAUACUUUGACAGAAAGUAAUGUCCCAGUGUCUGAAGCAACAAUCGAGGAAGCAAACCUAAGUUUAGGUCAAACAUUUUCUGGUCUGGAUGGUUAUGAACUUCAGGAGGAGCUGCAAUCUCCAAAUGAACAAGCACAGCAAGGUAAACAUCUUAGUUUUAAAACCCAGGCUGGUAAGGCUAACAAAGUUUCCUCAUUUGUUAAUCUCCUUAAUGCACAAGAAAGGCAUAGACAAGCUGAACGAUCCUCCAAUGCACCAGUAAAAGGACGAAGAGACCCAAGCCCCAACCAGUCUGGGGGUAGUAGCAAAGACAGCCAAGGAUUUGUGGAUCCAUUAAAUCUCCAGAGACUUGAGGAAGCUCGGCAAGCAAAUGAAACAUCCUUCUUAGAGAGACAACAAAAGUUGGAAAAACUUGUUGAGCAACAGCAAAAUCUGUAUCAAGAGCAAUUAGAACAACAGAAAAUCCAACAGCAACAACAGCAGGAAGUUGUGAGACAACAAUGGAAACUACAAGAACAGCUUAGGGCAUUAGAGAAGAUGCAACAAGAGUUUAAUGAGGUAUGUACGUAGAUGUGUCGAUAUGGACUUGAGGACUGCAUCAUUGAUGAAAAAAUUAAAUAAUUACAAACAUACAGAUACAAGCUGCUCGGUAAAUGGUGCAUGUAUGCUUUAGUUCCAAAUUAUGGUUUACCUCUGGGUAAGCUUAUGUGUGUGUUCAUAUUUCAACAAAUUUAUAUUUAGAAGGAUGUUUUUCUCCAAUGAGACCUAUUACUCAUCUUAUGUAUUCAAGGUGAAUAUUAUAAACUGUAAUAUUGCUUUCAGUUUGUAAUUACAAUCAGGCAAAAAUACUGAAUUAGUUAUUAUUUUGACAGAAUGCUGACCUGUCACUGCAAGGACCGGCUGUGAGUGAAUCUGAUGUAAGACUCCAGCAACAGCUUGUGCGGCAGCAACAAGAAUUCCUUCAAAAGCAGCAAGAACAAUUGCAGCAUUCUCAAAAUCAGCAAGCUAGGGCUCUUGAGCAACAGGAGAAGUUGUGUGAACAGAUCGGACAGUUAGGUGUGACAUACUCUGUUUGAUUCCAUUUGAAGUUUGAAAUAACGCCUGUCAUCAAUUUUACAUACCAGUAAACAUGUAAAUAGAUAUUUUUUGACUCAAACAUUUCCUUAGCUCACAAUGCUUUAAACUAGUUUCAUUUCAGUAUUCCCUAGUAUUGGAUUAUGAUGAAACAUGACCAAAAAAUAGACAAAAUUAACCCGAUUGAAAUUUUUUAAACCAUGAAAUAUUUUUAACUACACUAUGCACAUGUUGUUUGUUAAGAGAAUGAACACGACUGUAAGUUUGGUGAGAACGUAAAACUCUUUCCUUAGAUUAUCAUAGACCAAUUUAUGUAAAGAAGAUGAAAAAAUAGUUUAUGUGUGAAUCAAUCAAAUUUUAUUUAAAAUAUGUGAGAACGAACGGCUAUAAUAUUCCUUGAAUUAACAAUUAACUUAAUCACCAUUUUUCCUCGAAUGAUUUUUUACCAGAGGAACAGCAAAGGCAGCUUCAAUCCAGUGUCAACCUUCUUAGUCCAGCCGGUGAAGAUCUGGCUGAGAUUAAGCAACAAGAACAACAGAUUGUCAAUCUCCUGAAUGAGCAACGGCGUCAGGAAAGCGAAUUACAGAGACUGCAUCAGUUGCAGCAACGAAGACUUGAAGAACAGAGUAACAGCUUUACACAUGAAAGAAAGGUUCGAAUGAUUAAUGGAAGCUUCAUAUCAAUAUGAACACGUUGCACAAAUGAAGUUUAGAAUAUCGGUGUAAAAAUUUCAUGGUUGAUGAUCCUUUUCCGGGGGUAGGGUGGGACAGUUUACACCAAGUCGGUUCAUACUACUUACAGUGGGGUAAGCUUUAGCAAGAUGGUCCCUCUGGUAUUUUAGGUGCUUUUUUUUCACUGACACAUCAUAUCGGGGAUUUCUUAGGCUCUAGAACAAAACCAAGAAAUGCUUCAAGGAAAAAUUAAAGAACAGGAAACAAGGAGGAGGCAACUGGAGGAGGAACUCGAGGAAAUGCGACGAAAACACGUGGAGUCUGAAGAGCAGUGGAAGAAAAGACUUAAUGCUGUGAGUGUUGAAUCGUCGGAUAGAAAAAGAAGGGAACGACUAGACAGAGGAGAUGAUCAUGGUUACGGUGAGAAGAGACUGGACGAAAGAAACACCCAGGGUAAUGUUGCAAGUUCGUACCAAGAUAAAAAAGGGAGAAAAAGUAACCGAGCAACGGACGAUUCUCCUCAAUUUGACGAUGUCAGGCAUGCGCUUCAGAGUGCUAGUCAAAGCUCGAACUUGUCGUAUCGUGAUGAAAUAGAAGGAAGACGAGACAGAAAUAAGCAACGAAGCGCGGACAGCUCACGCCACGUUGAUAGAGAAGGAAGAUGGAGCGACGGAGACGCCGACAGCCCAAAGCAUGGCAAGAGAGUCGGGAGGAAAACGCGGGAAAAAGGGGAAAGAAACUCAAGGAAAACCCGAAUGAGAAGUGCUGAAUCUGAACCAGUGAUAACGAAGACAGACGCAGAAGUAACCAGAGUCCAGGUCGUGAGAGAUGACGAAGUUUACCGCUUAUCCAAAGGACGAAUUGAACUGCUAGAGUCAGAGAAGUCGGCUAUGAUGGAACUGAACACCUCGUUACAAGAAGAAAACAAGGCUUUAAAGCAGCUAUCACUCUCUCUCCAAAAAGGAACAGGUUAGAUUGCUACACUAAGUGGUUGCACGUCUAAGUUAGGGUGAACUCUUUUUAGGAUCCAUCAAAUCUUUUUGCUCGCGCGCAAUUGGUCUAAACGCAUCACGUGGCCGAAUAUUCCCAAGUGAUAUUCCCCAAUUUUCAAACCUUACGUCCACUACGAUAUAAGUUUUCGUUCAAAAUUUGAGCGUUUUGUGGUUGUUACAGAAGAAGGGAAAUAUUUGUUUGUUCAUAAGCCGUACCAGAGAGCACUCAAAAGAAAACAUCCCACGCAGCAAACAGUAAGCUGUUGGUUAACAUUUUUUCACACGCGUUGCAAAAUAUCUGAAGGAUGAUAAACACAAUAGCCUCAAUUUUGCUCGAACUGUCUGUACUUACUUUCGGGCUAAACAGAGGCUAUUGAUUGUAUUUGAUUUUGCAGUUAUAUACGUGUUAUGCGUGGACAACGACGAGUGAAAAAUAUUUCUUGUUGUUUACCCAGGUGUCUCUUCUGUAGUUCUACAAAAACAAAUCAAGGACUUGCAUCAAGAACAGAAAGUUUUACGUGAUACAGGUCUGGUAAAGUUGUUGUCAAUUUUAUUUUCUCUUUGCUUUCUUUGACCUCUACUUACUUACAUUGGUGUCCUUCUUUUUCAUCUUUUUUAUUUUACGUCGUGCUGUUUUUCUGAUCAGUGGAAAUAACAAACUACAGGCACACUCUCAGUUGAGCAAUUAGCUGUUGAACAGAAAUUUAGAGGGAUAUGUAUGCUUUUGCUUUUCUUGCAGUUCACAGACUCAACGUGGAACUCAGCAGAUACCAAGCAAAAUAUCGCCCUGUGUCAUUUGAGGUAACGAGCGGGUACUGAACUCAAAGAUAUUGCUUUCUAACUACACUCAUACGAGACAUUCAAUGUGAAGAGUUUAUUUAGGAUGAGUCAGUCAGUCUUCUAGUAUACGCAUCCUGAUACAAUCUUAACAUGUGCACCCUGAAACUAGGGGUUCUACAAAAAGAACCUGUGCUACGCCAGACACGAGAAACCACUAAAAAACCACUCUUUAGAUGUGGCCAAAAAAUAUGUGGAAACGUAUUCCUCUUCUCAUGUAGUAGCAUAAUACUUUGAGGAAAGGGUAAACUAACCUUAUGGCACUGCUAAUCACAAAGAAAAAUCAAUGAUUGUCGUGAUAUUUUACAGAGAGUUGGAAUACCAAAAUUACAACAAAUACAAUAAAGAAAGUGGUCAAACAUAGGACCGACCGAGCUAGAAUGACUUAAUUUUCUCGCUAAACGCUUAAAUAAUCAGAAACUUCCAUGAUGCCACGCGAACCUCUUCAACGUGCCAUCAGAAUAUUAAUUUCCGACCAAUUCGUUACCAUGUCACUCAAACGUCAGAAAUAACAUUUUUAUUAGUAAACGGUUGUGAUUGUGUUUCGGAACUCGCGUACUUUGUUCUCUCCAGGAGGUAGAAGGCAUGGCAUUGCCGUACAAGAAGGAGGCAGCUCCGUGGCUGGUAGGUAUAACAAUAACUGUACAAAUGAAGAAAGGGCGUUGUGAAUUGAAUUAUCAAAGUAUUCACAGUUCAAUUUUCUUUAUAGCUUCAUUAUAGUAAAUAACCGAUCUGAAUAUUUCCCCAUCCCAAAAUCGUCAAAGGUGAACUGCAAUUGAAGAAAAUGCAGAAAAAGAAGCUUGAAGAAAUCCAUCCUUCGACGAAGCUCCAAUCUGUGCAUCUGCGCAACUACUGUACCUACUGAACCACGAGUUUGGAGUAGAGCAAAUUUGCUUGUUUUUUUUUUCACUUUAGGGAUCUGGUCACGAAUAUAUGAAUUAAAUGAUGCUUCAUGUAAGCUGUAAUUUCCUCUCUUUUCUUCAGGUAAACACCAAGUUCUUGGCGCCGCUUUUCUUGGCGUAUGACGAUCGAUUAAGAGAAAAAGAACAAAUGAUCAGAACUUACGAUGUAAGUCGUUUUAAGCUUCGUUAUCGAUUAUUAAUUCGGUUUAUGAUGGCCAUCCUAUUCAGUAAGAUUAAAGAAAAUAGAGUUUCCUUAGAAUAAACGGGAUAAGCAACAAACAGGUAAAAGGCAUGUAGGCUUGGUCCAAAAAUGUCGAUUGGGAAUUCUCUCCUACAACAGGCCGGGCCGGGUUUGUUCAAAGCUGAGUCAAGAAAUCCCAGGGUCAGUGUGAAAUUUGAUUUUAGAUCUGAAAGCUGUUAAAGAAAAUUCAGUUUAAUUCUUUUUGCCUACGAAUUUGAUGAUUGCAUGCUCUAAAAAGAGUAGAGAAAAUUACUUUGAAAAAAGCUCUUGGAUAGAGAAAUAAAGAAACCCGGAAUAAAAUUUAAGCCAGGGUUAGUGGUUGUCGGCCUUCGAACAGCCGGCCCCAGAGCUCUUUCCUUCCUUUGUUCUUUUACAGUUCCCUUUUUUCGGUUUUCUUCUUAAUUGCGAUUGUAAUUUGGCUGCAAUUUAUCUUUGUAGGAAGAGUUGAACUCUUUUAAGGCUCGAGUCAUGGAAGUUGUCAAGGAAAAUCAGCAGCUUCAUAUGGUAAGUUCAGUUUGUCUCAGUCGUGGCUAACAACAGGCAACACACAGAUUCUCUGACAACUUUCCUAAUGCUGUCAUAUUUGUAACUGUUGAAGAAUUUUUCCAUCUGUGGACAUAAUUUCUUUUCAGCAUUUCAUUCUUCAUACAACUUUGAUUUGUGUUUGUCUACAUAGUUCGCGAGAAAGUUAGAUUUUGAUCAUCAUCUCGACCUCUAUACCUGGUUUCCCGUGUUUCUUAUAAAAAUUUGUUUAAUUUGUUAAUGACAGAGUAUCAGUAAGGUCAGUCCUGAUGCAUUGGGGCCGGAUGAAUGGUAAGAGACGUCAAUAUUUUGUUUUGAUAAUGAAGGACUUUUACUUUUUCAUCGUUUCCUGGCUGUCUAAACCACGUGAAACUGGUUCGUUUUGGUUGAUUUCCUGUAAAAUUUUUUCCUCUGUUUUUUAUAUCGUAAAUAGCACUGUUAGUAUUGACAGCACCAUUUUUUUUUUAUUGAUCCUGUGAUGAACUGAAAGUUUUGCCCGUAUUUAUUCAGCAAUUUCAAAUUGAUUGCACUGGUUUUACUUUACUAUGACUCGUGAUUAGUCUACAACGUAGAAAGCUUGCCAGCGUUUUAACCAAUCAAUUGCAGAACCACUUUGACAACCAAUCGCACCUUGCUUACUCUCGUUUUCUCGCGUUUAGCAAUGUGUUCAUGCCUUUACUUUUAGUUUUCCAAACAACAAUCUUUGUUUUUUUUAUUGGCCGUUGUGAUUUCUUCGGUUUUGGUUUUGUGAUACUGCUGCAAAGUGUUCUGUUAGGUCUGUAACAGAUUGACUUAGCGGCGUUUGACUCUAUCUUCUUGCAGGCAACAACUGCAGGAACAGGCAAAACUAGUGGUUGAGGAGAACGCUCUGUUGAUGGAACAACAAGAAAUACAAGACAAAAAAAUGAAGGAAAUGAAGAGAAUCCACGGAUUAGAAGGUGGCUAUCGCUAACUUUUACCUCCCUUUCUCACGCAAUGCUAAAGGCGCAUGCUUCAUACGCUGGUUCGCGAAAGGUUACUUAGAGCUUGCGAAACAAACGGUAUCUUUUUGUUUCUCCCGCGAAUAAAGACAAGUCUCGCGCGUGAGGGGCAGAGACACACGUGACACGCGCAUGGCUCGCCCCUUCGUGCUUGCGUUCAUUGGACUGAAAAAACGCAAGUCAGUGAUGCGUGUCCAGCGUGGUAAUGUUAUAAUUUUUUUCAUAUUCGAGACACGGUGUGGUCUUACGAUGUUGUUUUUUACCGCUAAUCUGACAAAGUUUUUAACUUCAUUGAUUCAAGUGUUUUAGAUAUUUCCUUUUCGUCUGUUUUUGAUUGGUGAAUAUUGUCGCUAUUUUCUUUUCAGUCUCCAAGUUGUCCAAACGGAUUUCAAGUCAAGAGUCAACUCGGCGGCGCCUUGAAACGGAGCUAGAUGACAUGCGUCGUACCCAUAACAACCUAAUGCGUCAGCAUGAGGCCAUGGUUGCUGAUCAGGAAAACAAGAUGUUGAUUCAAGAGCAUCUUAGAAUAAUGGAUGAAUGCAGGAGGUAAGAGGUUACCAGCACGUCUUUCAUGUGAUGGAGAAAGAAACGAUAAAAACAUCCAUCAGUUUGACUGGAAAUGCGUAGAAUUAAAUUUUGCAUGCGUUGAGUAGCAUUAGAAAUUACAAGGUGACAAAAGAUUGCAGCGAUGAAAAGUGCACAUUCCAGAAACAGAUUUUACCACUGUACUUAGAGACCAUUUUGUGAAUGACAUACGUGGAAAAUGUUGUAAGACCCAGCAGUGUUGACAGUUUUCUCUUCGUGUUCUCAACUUACCCAGCGUAACGCCCAAAUACGUUGGCACGAUUGCUUGGAGGAGGCAUGAACGAGCGGGAAGGCACCUUCAUCUUUACUGCGCCUACUACUCAUCAGCUUAAUUUGAGCGCGUUCUGCGUAGGAUAAUAACCUGAUUUUCUUGCUUUUCUUUUUUCUAGUGUACUUGAAGACUUGAAGGCGAAAACGAAAUCAGAGACAGAGGAAUACAAUUCGAAGUUACAGGUGAAUUAACAAACCAUCACAGUUUGUCAAUAUAAAUUACAGGUUACUGGUAGUUUGGUUAGAAGGAAAGUUUGCACGAGUCUUUUUUUUUUACCCAUCACAAGGAAUAAUAGAGCAGCAUUCAAGUUAAUUUUUCCAUCACUAAAACCAAAGUUAUCACAACGGACAAUCAGGAGAAGCCGAAAUAUUUACCAGGCCCCAAUUAGAACUCACAGAGAAAACAAGCUAACUUCUUAAUGUGCGGGAAAACGCGUGUUACCGCAUCUUUAUUGGUUUUAGCUUUGCAUCUGAUUAGUCGAGAGGAUGGCGCGAAUUUCCUAGACCAAUCACAAAGCUUAGUGAAGCAAUACGGACAAUUACUUUUGGCACUAAAAAGAUUUCACAAGACCAACUUAAGACAAGUUUGUUUUCUUACUCUCCUUGCAGUUGAAGUCUGCCCUCGCGCAAAAAUUUUGAGGAAUAAUGAUUUUAGAUAUGUGAAAUUCACAUAUUUGCACUGCGGUGAAGAGACGAAUAGUUGGCUUGUUAGCUCAGUUGGUAGAGCGCUGCACCGGUAUCGCAGAGGUCAUGGGUUCAAAUACCGUACGGGCCUGAAUUUUUUCAGGUCCUAUUUUCAACUACUAGUUCAGUAGUGCUCUUAGCUGCGAGGAGCUCUUAAAUUCGAAUUUUGAGGAAUUUUUCCUCAGUUUUACUUCAGAUUGCUCAACAUCUUGUAUAUACUGCUGCGCUCUUGCUUUGAAGGCCAUUGUUGAAAGUUACUAAUGUAUGGUGCCUUUUUCAUGUUAAAAUAAAGGCAGUCCAGAAAGAAAAGAGCAACUUAGCCAUAAAAUUUGCAGGUAUUUGUUGUUUAUGUAGUGUACGUAAAUGCAUUUUUAAAAACAAUAGAAAAUAUGUCAUGUGCAUUUUGGCUGGCGGAACAGGCGCCAUCUUUUCACGCAAGUUUGUCAUGCGCGCAAGAAGAGGUGCAUGACUCCUGUGACUCGCUGUUCGCGGUCUCCACGCUGUCGCCUCAUGCUUUCCUUCGCCCUUUAAAUAAAAGGAAAAAAAGCCCUUGUUCUUCAGGCUAUGUUCAUAAGUUGUCAAUAAUUCUAAUCGAUUCUAAUUUGUGUAUUAAAUCUGAAAGUCUCCACUGUUGGAUUGCAGAUGGCGAAGCUAAGAGCGCACAACUUGAACGAGAGCUUGAUGCUUACAAGAAGUCUCUGCAGUGAGUACAAGUUUAAUUUUAGGAAGUUGGAAAAUUUUUACCAGCGUAGGAUCAAGACAAAUCUGAAUGUCCAGAGAGGACUCCAUAUCCCCAAAACCUUCUGAUUUCUUGCUUCAGUGCUCUACCAACUGAGCAACAGAGAAAUCAAUGGCGAGCCAACCCAUCAUUUGGUACACAUGUGACAGGCGUCCUCCAUUCUUGUAAUUGACUCGUUCCCAGUCGUCUCCAAAAGGUGCGCGCCAAAGUGGGGAAGAGAGGGCUCAUGAGAAGGAAAUGGAGGAGAAGACGUCGUCUUCCUCUCUCGCUUUCUCCCUACACAUCGCGCUCCGUGCCCCCAUCCUGCUCAGGUAGCUGCCCCACUUUGAAGACGACUGAUUGAAAUCAGAAAUCAGUUUGCAACUGUAGCUCAGCGCAAACUGUACGCGCGAAAGUAGCGCGAUUUGGUUUGACUGUUGCUGGCAUAAAACAUAAAAUAGGGGUUAAUGAUUAAUUUCUUUCUAUAGCCAGAAGGCUGAGAACCGUCGUCUGUCUUAAUCUACAGGAAAUCGGAGCGGAAGUUCCUGUUUCUUCAAAGAAAGUUAGAGCACAUUCAGGAACGAGAGCUGACAGCGCAGGAGACUCUGUCACAAGUUCUAACCAUUGUAAGUGUGACGUGUCACUGAAUUGCGUGACUACUACUAAAUUUUAGUCGAUCUUUACCCAGAUGCCUCUGGUCCCAACCUGACCACACCCUCUUAGCAUCGUUUGCUGCUUUUCUUUUUCCUUUUUUAGCGAGAAAAGCAUGAGCGAGAGAACGUGGCGCAUCCGAAGGCAUAGGGCCAAAGAAACAAAAAAAUUCAAACAGGGGUUGGGAGGGGGUAGGGAAAGGGUCUUCGGCCUGGCUGAAAAAUAAAGGAAACGAGUGUUACGCUUCCUAGAUUUAAUGCUUUCAGUGAAUUUCACUGAGAUUUUCUUUCCUUAGGCGGAGAAAACAGCAGCCGAGAGGGACAACUACGUACAAUUUGUAAGUUUACUACUGUGCUUUCCGUGUACAUGUACGUUUUCAAAUAUUCUUCCAGAUACCGUGAUGUUGCUAUUUUAUUAAUUGGAUAUACAUCGCAGGCCAAGACACAGAAGGCGGAACAACAGAAAGCUGCUUCGAAAAUUCUUGCCGGAACUCAGAACAUCAAAGGACUCGAGGA